AGUUUUCGCAUAAAUACGGCCGGCGCCGUCCGAACGUUACUCAGUCCAUUCCGUUUACUCCAGUGUCCAGUAUCUCACCAGAAACACACUCGCAAAAAUGGCCGCCAAGUUGAUCAUCGUCGCCGCCUGCGUGGCCACCGCCCUCUCCCAAUACGCCGCCCCGGCCUACAAACCAGCUUACUCCGCGCCCGCUUACGCCGCACCAAAGGCCUACGCUCCGGAACCCGCUUACGCACCGGCCCCGUACAACUUCGAAUACUCCGUAAACGACCCGUACACCUACGACGUCAAGAGCCAACAGGAGUACAGCGACGGCAACGGUUACGUCAAGGGAUCUUACAGCCUGGUCGAACCCGACGGUUCCACCCGUACCGUUGAGUACACCGCCGACGACUACAACGGUUUCAACGCCGUCGUCAAGAAGGAAGGUGGAUACGCCGCCCCGGCCUACAAGCCAGCAUACUCCGCUCCAUCUUACUCCGCCCCGGCCUACAAACCCGCUUACUCCGCACCCGCAUACGCAGCACCGGCUUACCCAGCACCGGCUUACUCAGCACCGGCCUACAAGCCAGCUUACAAGCCAGCCUACUCGAUAUUUUUUGCCACCUGCGUGAUGUCCACCCUGGCUCAGUACUCUGCGGUCCCUGCCUACACCGCAAUCCCAGCCAGCUACUCUGUCGUACCUGCCUACCCUACGGCUCCUUCGUACGCAGCCUAUUCAGCCCCGGUGUACACGGCAAAGGCUUACGCCCCCGCACCUGUAUACGUUUCGAAGACUUACGCCCAGGAGCCGGCAUCCGCACCGACUCCGUACAACUUUGAGUACAGCGUAAACGAUCCGUCUACGUACGAUGUCAAAAGCCAGGCCGAGUCCAGCGAUGGUAACGGCAACGUGAAAGGCUUCUACAGCCUAGUCGAGCCGGAUGGUUCCACCCGUACCGUAGAGUACACCGCCGACGACUACAACGGUUUCAACGCCGUCGUCAAGAAGGAAGGAGCAGCAUACACGCCAACCACCUACAAACCAGCACCGGUCGUGUUGAAAUUUAAGAGGGAAAAUAUUACGUUUGUAAAUCUGUAUAAAUACUUUGCGGUCGAUGAAAACAAUCAUCAGUUAUUUAUUCGUGUUCAUUUGAUCAAGUUGAAUAUCAUAAACAACACUCUUAAAAUGGCCGCCAAGAUGAUCAUUUUCGCCGCCUGCGUGGCCACCACACUCGCCCAAUACGCCGCCCCGGCCUACAAACCAGCUUACUCCGCGCCCGCUUACGCCGCACCAAAGGCUUACGCUCCGGAACCCGCUUACGCUCCGGCCCCAUACAGCUUCGAAUACGCCGUAAACGACCCACACACCUACGACAUCCACAGCCAACAAGAAUCCAGCGACGGAUACGGCAACGUCAAGGGAUCUUACAGCCUCGUCGAAGCCGACGGUUCCACCCGCGUCGUCGACUACACCGCUGACUCUUACGGUUUCAACGCUGACGUCAAGAAAAUCGAAGGAUCAGGAUACAAGGCACCGUACUCCGCCCCGGCUUACAAGCCAGCGUACUCCGCACCGUCCUACUCCGCCCCGGCUUACAAGCCCGCUUACUCCGCACCAGCGUACUCCGCACCAGCAUACUCUGCACCAGCAUACUCUGCACCAGCUUACUCUGCACCAUCUUACUCCGCCCCAGCUUACAAGCCAGCCCCAUACAAGGCAUACAUGAUCAUUUUCGCCGCCUGCGUGGCCACCACACUCGCCCAAUACGCUGCCCCGGCCUACAAGCCAGCUUACUCCGCGCCCGCUUACGCCGCACCAAAGGUUUACGCUCCGGAACCUGCUUAUGCACCGGCCCCGUACAACUUCGAGUACUCCGUAAACGAUCCGCACACCUACGACGUCAAGAGCCAACAGGAAUACAGCGACGGCAACGGUUACGUCAAGGGAUCUUACAGCCUUUUGGAAGCCGAUGGCUCCACCCGUGUGGUCGAGUACACCGCCGACGACCACAACGGUUUCAACGCUGACGUUAAGAAAAUUGAAGCAGGAUACAAGGCCCCGUACAGCGCACCAGCCUACAAAGCCGCCCCCGCCUACCCAGCACCCGCUGCUUACCCAGCACCGUCUUAUUCGGCCCCUGCUUACAAACCAGCCCCAUACAAGGCAGUAGUCAUCAGUUGCAGCGUUCAAUCCGAAAGACAACUACCGUACAAAAUAAUCAUCUCCAUCGCGUCACAUCACAUCAAAUACAACAAAAUGAUCGCUAAGGUAUUUUUCAUCGCUGCUUGCGCGUCCGCCACCCUCGGUCAAUACGUCGCACCGAAGGCCUACGCUCCGGAACCCGCGUACGCCCCGGCCCCGUACAAAUUUGAGUACUCCGUAAACGACCCGCAUACCUACGACGUCAAGAGCCAACAAGAAUACAGCGACGGACACGGUUACGUCAAGGGAUCUUACAGCUUGCUCGAAGCCGAUGGUUCCACCCGUGUGGUCGAGUACACCGCCGAUGAUCACAACGGAUUCAACGCUGAGGUCAAGAAAAUCGAAGGACCAGGAUACAAAGCCUCGUACAGCGCACCAGCCUACAAAGCCGCCUACCCUGCUUACCCUGCCCCAGCUUACGCAGCUCCGGCUUACAGACCAUAUUAAUUUGUUUCAUCCCAUAUCCCCUCACCAUCCAUCAUUCAAGCGCUUUAGCCGUUUCGCCCGAACGCGAAACGCAUUUGUUCAACAGUACCGGUUUUCCUACUUUUUAAGCAUUUUAAUAAUCUAUUUAUUUUAUAAAUAAAUAUUUUAUUGCUCAAUGUAAA